AUGACCAAGGAAUUUCCAAUGCUACCAGAGACACUCGCCAAGGAACACACGAUAGACAGGAUCACAACCGAUUCUGUAGAUAAUUCUGGAUUACUAGAACUCAGGCUUUUUUCUGUGCUCGUGUCAAUCGAAGGGCUUGGACCAUCACUAUUGGUACUGUUCGUCAACAUGACAGGAAAUGAUAGAUGUGAGUAUUAACUUUCAGCAGUUAUACCAAGGUAUUUUCUAUCUGUUAUAAAAAAAGAAAAAUAAUCUCAUCGACACUGCACUAAAGCGAGAUGACUCUGGUAAAAGAAGAUACCAAUUUGCCAGCUUGCAACUUAGUGGUAGACACUGAAGAUGAGCGAACAGGGUGGCACGAUGAAAUCUAUGACGAUUUUGCUUUCAAGCCUUCGACCAUGAAGAAAACCAAAAAAAUAAAAAUAGACAAAUAAAGUUAAUAAUUUCACUGUGACGAUAGAGCGACUUACACAGUUCAGAAGUAGAGCUACCGCUGCGACUCCAUGGACCAUUACAAUCAAUCCUCCAUCGAGUUUCUAGUUUUUCGCCUCCUCUGUCACUUUAGUAUCUGCAACUGUUUCCAAAUUUAUAUCCAUGUUGCUAAAUGAACAGGUUACUAUAGUUUUUCUAAAGGUUUUCCAUUUUGGUUUGGUUGUUACUGACUAAUGGAUUUCAUUGUUUUCAAAAUACAAGUUAAAUCGCCUUGAUUAACUUCUAAGAGCUUUUUUAGAAUUUUAGGAACGAAAUAGCAGGUUUAAAUAUACAUUUAGCACUUACCUAAAUGAAGUAUACUUUUAUUAGUAAUUUCUAUUGCGCCAAAUGAACUCACGGUAAAUCCUGGAUAUUAUAGUGGCACUCAAGUAGCUUAAUGCCUAAUGUUUUUUAAUUGCCUGCAAAUAGAAACUUCGAAAAGUUCUAACUGACUUUUUUCACUACUUUUCUACAGGCAAUUAGCUGUAAAGAAGAAAAUCAUUUCGUGGAGCCACACAGUAGCGAUCUGUCGACUCAGGAUAUAACCAUCGGCGCCUUUUGAAGAGGCAAAAAUACAUGUCUUGAAAUCGUGCAACCUGAGGUACUGAUGCAUGACUACUCAAGUCGCACUUAUUAGAAAAUUAUUGGAAUCGACAUAUUAAAUUAAUUACUCAUUUUGAUGUGCCUUAGCCGGUAAGUCUCGAAAAAGUCCAUCAAAGUCCACGGCUUUUUUUAACUUUCAAGAGCUUUACAAUCGGUGACUUCAAACCCGAGCGAAUUUACGGCUUUUAUAACGACGAAUAGAUGAUUCACGAACGCGCGUACAUUUUCUGCAUAUGGUAACCAGGGCGCAUCAAAGCAAAAUAAAAAAAUUGUGGACAUGCACCAUUUAUUUCUUACGAGAUAUUUUAAGAAAGAACCUUAGGUUCUAAGGUAAUCAUAUAUGAUGACUGCAGCGCCCUAAAAUUCCGCCGUCAGAAGUAGAAGAUAACUUUUUAUUUUUAUUUUUGACUUCUACACGGCCACCUGAAGCAACAGAUGAUCACUUCGGUACUAAAGCUACGUUUGGGUGAAAGAGCAGCCUCAGCACGCGAUGAAUGAGUACCAUGGCAUACGGUACUUAUUCAUCACUGACUCAUUGGGUUCGACAAGGGAGAGCGCAUUCUAACCUUGGUUUAACUACACUAGCAAACAUAAAACUAUUUGUGGGGACUGCCAUUUGGUUUCCCUCUUUUUCCUUUUUUCGGCAUUAUUUUGCUGAGAAACUUGCAUAUUUUCAACGCUUAGCCCGCGUUUACCUUCAUGGUGUAAAUAAAAAAUAAGGGGAGUUGUAAGCGGUGUUUUCAGCUCGACAGAAUCGGAUUGGCAAGAAUAAGAACGUUUCCAUUUUCUUCCGACUCCCCUCAUGUCUCCGUCGCUUUUGAUCUAGCGUAAUUAAAACAGAUUGCCGGAAACGGAAGCAGAAACAGAAGAAUUGAUCAUCUAGAAUUAUCCAGUCAUAAUGCUAGAUAUUUAGUUGAGCCCGCCAUCCUCAUUGAAGCACGACAUUGAAGAAAGUUUCCCUGAGUCCUUUUUGCUUACGAUAACCUCGAAAAGUUGUUGAUGCUUGCAAUUAACGCUCUUAAACUGAAAUAAUCUUUUUCUUGUAACUUGAAGGAAAAGAACCGUCCUAAACAGCGAUGUUAUUUAUAUAUGUGGGUCCUAUUUACAAUGGAUCCUAAAAGUGAAUCCCCAUUUUGUCAACAUGCUUCGUCGAUAACGUUCAAACAUAUCUUAACAACAAACAGCCUCCUCACCCCCCCCAAAAAUCAGUGUUUCUUUUAGUGGUUCUAUGGUGUUUCAGAAAAUUCUUGGAAUGCUCUCUCACACAGAAGACGACAUUCGUAAGAGUUUCUUGAACUGUUUACGAUAUUUUUGGCUUCGUACACAGUAAAUAUAAGGAUUUAAUGCUGAAUUGCAAACCAAUAUUGUCUGCUUCCAAAAAAAACAUUUUUGGAACAAUACCGGAUUUUUAGAAGGACUCACAAAAAUGGGAAGAAGAAGCAGUGGUAACCAACACAAAGCAUAAAAAACAACGAUGGUGAAAAUCGUUUUCGCUGCUUUCUUUUCGUUCCUCUGUUGCUCACCAGAAGUUCCUUGCUGUGCGGAUAAAUUAAGCGUGUGAACUUUAUUUUCUUGCCGCUUAGCAACCAAAAAGAUGUAGGCAUACAUACUCCAUGUGCCCAACAUUAGAGUGAUGCAGUAGGAGACCAAAAUGAAUUUCGAAACACCGCCGAUUUGUGGGACAUAAAGCGUCCCAGAAAUAAGGCAAAUAAGCCAAACAAAGCCAAUAACAGAUGAGAUUCUUUUGAAUGUCACAAUUGUUAUGUACGUAAGUGGAAAUCUUAUGGCAAUUAAACGAUCAACUGUUACCACAAGCAUGUUGGUGACGGAAGCAGUCAAAGAGGUAACUCCAAUAACUUGUCUUGCAAUGCUAUGCUUGUUGUCGCCUGUCACAAUCCAAUAAAUCAUUAGUGGUAGAUAGACAGAGCAAACAAUAAAAUCUGAAAAGGCCAGGCUUGAGAUGAUGUAGUCUGGAGCGCUGCGAAGGUUUUGAAAUUUGAAAACAGCAAUCAUAACCAAAGCAUUUCCUAAGCUGCCUGAGAUACUCGCGAGAGUAGCAAUCAUGGAGAGAAUCACAACUGAUGCUGAAGAUAAUUGCGGAUUGGUGUUGGUUGAGUCUGACGUGUUAUUCGAAAAGCUUGGUGGAUACUCACUACAAUUUACCAUACAGGACAUGAUAAACACAACAGUAGCUGCAGGGAAGGUCAGCUUCGUCAAAGUUUAAAACUGAAAAAGAAGCAAGAAAUAAAAGACAAGAAAUGGCAUUCUUUGCUUAUCCCAAUGACAAAAAAGGUUAAGGGAAGCCGGGUUUGUUUUGAAUUUUUCGAGGACGAAAAUACGUAAUGAACUUACUCCGACAGGACUAAGAUUAAGAGGAUCUUAAAAUAACAAAAAUUAAUAAUAAAAAUGUUGAAUUUGUUAACUGAGAACUUACUGAGCCAGUGGACUAGAGAUGAUCGUACUUGAAUGUUGACGGUUGUAAUUGUUAGGACGACCACGGAUGUGAAGGGAAUGAACUGUUCUCCGUACACAGCUGUAAUCUUGAAACAAAGAACACUGUUUUUCAAUAAACUGUAUGACAACAUUUAUUUUCUUAAUGAAAAGUUCAUCGUAAUUCAAAUUUUUUUUGAAACUCUAUAGUCAGUAGGAAAUGAAUCAUGAUAGAUUGGUUAUAAACAGUAGGAGAUGAAAUGUUUCAUUAUCCGGAUAAAAAUCAAGCUGUCUUUAAAAAUCUUAAUUUACCUUCGUUGAAAAAAUUGAUUUGUUUGCUUUCUUUAACCCUUAAAAGUAACUUUUAUUUUCUUAAUUUUCUGUCUGGAAGUGCUGAAAUAAUUAAUUGUUUCUUCAUUAUUCCAACUUGCACCGUCUCUGUGGACAGUUUGUAUGGAAAAAGUGUUCAGUCUUUGCAGUGUAACACAGCUUUUGCCCCACUAUGAUAAAACAAUUGGCUAGGUUGGAUCAUUAAUUCAAGUGAAGAAAAUUCCAAAUGAUGAAUAGAUUUCUAUGUUAUGAUCAGUUUGUUCUUUUUUCAUAUCACAGCUGUCGAGUUUACAAGCAACCCGUGACAGCCUAAGGCCAAGGUCUUUUUCGUGAUCGAAAAUAACUUUUGAUUAAAAUCUUAAAACCGAGCAAUCGUGAAUUAUUAAUUACUACAUAGUUCAAGCCGUGACGAUAACCAAUAAAAUACUGAACGCCCUGCUGAUUCUUCUAUCUCUCAGCCACAACAAAAAAGGAACUCCACCUCCUGGAUUUUCUUAGGGCGGUGUCCGAAUUCGAAACAUGACGAUGACAUAAGAGAGGGGCGGGGGAAAACACUUGUCGUUUUACCAUCCGCUGCAAUCUCCGCUUAGUAUAGAAUACAAGUAGUUCCGCUUAGUAUAGAUUACAAGUAGUCAAUUAACUUCCUCAUGAAAAUAUAAAGUAGGGCAAGCGAGAACGAGAGUGCGUGAAAAUUGUCAUCCGCGAAGAGAUAUCCUGAGACACGUACAAUGGGAAAGUUUUGGGUUGUCGGGGUGGGGUGGGGUGGGUUGUGCCGCCGCCGAGGCCUUGAACACCCAAAGUCCCAAAAGUCACCAACAUCAAUUGUCUCAAGAUAAAAGGUUAUGAGAAAUAGUAUAAUGAUCACUUAAGGGAAAAUGCUUGGAUCAUUUACAAGAGCCUAUAAACCAAAUUCCAAAAUGGCGACAAUUUUAAUAAUCUUUACAGUUAUGUUAAUUGGCCCUUUAUGCCUCCAUCGCAUCUUCAGAAUUCAAAAGAAUUCUUCGCUGGAAUCGAGACAUUGAGGGCUAAUUAACAUUUGGGCUCCUGUCAUUAUUGCAUUUAUCAAAUUCUCUCAAUCAAGAGAUCAAAUCAUGAUCUCUUGUUGAACUAAUUUCCCUAAGGAAAUGUAUGAAUAUCAGUCUGGGGAUUUUGUAUGGCGAUAAUUAGGCUAUAAGGGUUGAUACAGAAUUCCUUCAUUUCGCUACCUGUUUAAGGGGAAACAGACAUUUGUUUGACACUAUUUAAGAGUGCAGGACACUGAUACCCUAUUCAGGAUGAAGAACAUCUCUUUUUUUAAAAUAAAUAUAAUACAAAAUUAAAGACAUUUAAUUAAGUCUUUUAAUUUGGAAUCAAUCAGCUUUUUCAUUUACACAAAUCACCCUUAAACCAAGGACGUAAACCUGUAUAUCGUGUAGCCCGCGAGCAAGCUAUAUAGGGCCAGUCCCCCUCUCCCCUCCCCUUCCCUAUGUUUUCGGGAGGGGAACUAGUUUUUAUAUUUAUGAAAGAGGAAAUAAUCCUCGCAGUUGAAUAAACAACCUCAGCAGUUUAAAUAAUCUCUUACCCAGAACCCAUGUUUACGAAGCCGGCCUCGUCAACGAGAGAUCUGGUUACGAGAUUACGGUCAAACCAUGAUCUUUGCGAGACCGGACGCCGCCACUCUGUCCGUUAUAAAGCUAAUCAAGCCAACUGGAGAGCAGUCCAUUGUCAGUUUGUAAUAUACCCGAUGGUGAAAAUGACAUGAAUGGAAAUAUAUGAAAUGACUCACGUUUUGAGCGGCGGAUAAAGAUAUGAAAAUUGGAAAUGAUUUCAUCAGGAGCCCAUCAGGGCUUAUGAUUUCAUUUAGUGCCAUUCAAGUUUAUUUCGUUUUAGCUCAUAGCUGCCCUUACAAAGCCUUGCGCUUUUUGUUUUUACCUGAACUCUUUAUCCGAUGUGUCAGGAGCCGAUGUACAAAAGGACUGACAAAAUGAAAAUGAAAUAAUGGGGAAAAAAAGGAGACUGAUCAACACUACGUCGUUGACUGUGAUCUGCUUAGCGUUACGUACCCCCUUGGUGUGACAACUAAUUUAGAGCUGAUGACAUUAUAAAAAUGUAUUUUCUUUUGUCGCCUUAUCUGUCGUCAAUUUGGUAUCUUUUUCACGGCAGUCUUCUUUGCAAGGCGCUGACGAACUCGCAGCUAGCAAGGAAGUGUCGAAUGCUUGGGCUGCAGUAAUCGCACGAAUCAUUUCUUCAGCGAUAUGGGUAAGUUAGGAAAGAUGUUGCGGUCUUUUUGAUUGCUUAACUGUCUGUUAGAUGCUUUCUGAUGGCCCUGAUGAUGGGCAACAAUUAGCUAACAGUAGAUGUGGUAAGGGUAUUGCAACAAUUAUUUCAUUUGUCGUAUUAACAUGUCUGAGACAAGCACAUACUCAAAGGAAUACCGUCGAAAGCCCCUAAUCUGGAAAUUCGACUGGAAUACUGCACCCUAAAGCACAUCAUAAAGCGUACAUUAUCGAAAGAGUUCAAUUUGUUGAAUAUGCACUCUUAUAAAACACGCAUAUUACAACAAAGAUUUAUCUGUGAAAAGGAGCACCUCUGAACGCUGUUAUUCAAAUUUUAUAUCCUGUGAUCAUGCCCUCCUUUUUUGAGUGGUUUUUCGUACCAUUCCUCUCUUUAAAUUGACGAAAUAUAGCCUCAGAUACUUAGAGGAAAAAUUUCACCCCUUGAAACAUGACCGAAAUAUGAGCCAAUCUAAAAAUUUGUUGUUUUGUUUGAAAAGUGAGACCUUUGCGCCAGUCGAAAACACUUCACUUCUUGUUUUUCCAAGAUGUAAUGCUUGUUUGGAUUUCUUCCAGUUGUACGCGAUCAACAUCAUCUAAAUAUUUAAAAUAGCUGUUAUUUUUAUUAUUAACAGGUUUUAAUGAGUUUUUGAAUGUAUUAAACCAGUUAAACUUGCAGCGUUUUUACCUACAAAACGAGUUUAGAAACCAGGGUAUAGAUCGAUGCCAGCGCAGAUAUGUAAGAUUUUAAAAACAAUUCGAAACAAUUAGUAUAUAUUUGAACACGAGACAAGCUGUUGAGAAGGGUUCUGCGCUUCUUCUGGCUUGCAAUAGAAGAAAACCAACAAAAAGGCUGUUUCCAGUUUUUGUAAGAAACGAAGAGAAAACAGCUAUGAUUUUUAUUGCGCACUUCAUGCUGUGAAAAUACGUCAAAUAUUCGUCAUUUACUGACUCAGGCUUAUCAGCAUGGCGCGAGGCGACUAUUCCGACAGAUGGCUUAAGUUGAUACUAAAGAGGUUCUUCAAUUAAGAGAUAGGUGGGUAGGUGUUGUACAAUUGUGAUCUUUGACUAUCAAGGCCAAGCAAAGCUGUCUUUCAUCUUUUUCUCGUAUUAUACCAUAGCUUGUACGGCUGGCAUGGGAACACUCUUUUCAAAAUCUACAGAGCGCCGAUAGUACUGCCAGUGAUUUAAUUGACUUCCAGUUAUCAUUUUACAGGGCUACCUAGAGUGAUAACAGCUUGCUUGCUUGUGUGGAUACUUACCUCUCACAAGGUGGAAAGCUCUCAAGGUAAGUGUUUUUAUUGAGGAUUUGAAUUUCUCUCCCGAGUCUCAUCCGCGGAGACUCCCGCUGAGUAUCCAAAUAAAAAUAGCAAUAAUCGCUUCCUCUCUAUCCCUUUCCCAUCCUGCCCCGCGCGCUGUCUUUGUCCUUCUCCCCAGCCUCCCUGCGACAUAAGAAAGCGUCGGCGGAGGACAGAGGUUUUGAAUGCAUAGUAAAUAAAUAAAUAAAUAAAUAAUGAUUUGGAGGUAGCACAUCCACAAAGUGGUUCUUCGUCUACCUGAUUCCUGGUCGAAUUGGAAUUUGGAAAUGCUGGUUUCUGAGGAGAGGGGAAAACCGGAGUACCCGGAGAAAAACCUCUCGGAGCAAAGGAGGGAACCAACAACAAACUGUAAAAAGACAAACAACAAAGUAAGGCUGGCUAUACCAAUGCAGGACCCUCACUACUGCCCAGUCGUCUCUAUUUGGAUGGCACGAGUAACCAAAGGGAGCGCGAGGGGUGAUGGGAAGGAGGAAAUCUCCCACCUUUAAUCCUUCCUAUCAUUCCUCGCUCUCCCCCACGCUUCCCUCUUUAAUAUUAAAAGGAGACUGAGAGACGACUGGGGAUGAGUCAUUGCAGGAUCCGGCGCUACAUGAUAAAGACAUCAUGAUAAAGACAUCAGUCUGCUAUUGGGCUCCUGGCCCUGGGGUUUAGGUGUGCUAAGAUAUUACAGGCAACUCGGAAUAAAACGUUAACUACGCUUGUAUUUAAAUUCCUUUUUAGUAGACAUGCGAGGUUUUUUUCAAAAUGUUGGAAACGAAAAGAACAUACGAUUCCCAGUCUACAAAGAAGUGAAGGGCUACGACAUCUUCUUGCGGUUCACAACUUCCCAAUGCACAGGACAACUACUAGACAUCACCAGCAGAAAUAACAAGCAGUACUUACGGAUUACACUUCUGGGAGUCGGUCCUAUUCGUGUUGCGUUCAAUACCCGUCGAGGGAAGGGUCAAUUGGAUAUUGCAAUGCGAUCAAAAGGGAGCUUCUGCGACGGAAAGAGGCACACUUUCAGCUUGUCCUUAUUCCGUGGGGCAGUAUACUAUAACGUGGAUGGGUCCUCCUAUAUAAGGUACUACGUGUCGCGUUUGGGAGUGCCAUUUUCAUCGCCAGACAAAAUUGUCCUCGGUAAAGGUGUUCAGGGAUGCAUCACUGAUUCUACAGUAACUGUCCGCGCUAGCAAAACACAAGAAUACGUUUUGCAAAUGUCAGAUGAGUGUUCCGUCAAAAGUGAGUGGUGUUCUUUGCAUUUGCUCAUCUUAGUAAAAGUAAUUAUGAUUUUGCCUCGUAAGUAACACAUUAAUGAUGCGAACAUUCCUUUUCAGAGUUGACCCAAACCUCUGUUUCAAAGCGAGAAUAGGUGCGACGCUAUUGAUGUGAAAAUGAUUGUUUAUUUUCAUGCAAAUAAAACUCAUUUUCACAAGAAAGGGUUUGUACAUAGCCUCGUUUUGUAACAAGGGGCUGGUGAGAAUCACGUGGCAGAAUAUAUUAGGCGGAUUAGAAAUGACAACGCGAAGGUACAUGAUAACCCGAAAACGCUCGGAAAGGACUUAAGGUGAUUCCCUGGUUUUGCACUGCGCAUCUCUUACUGCGCAUAACAAGAUGGCCUCCGUAAAAAAGAGCAUGUGAAGUAACAUUACUAAAAUGAAGCUGACCGAAGAGAAACGCUAUUGCAAUUUUUGCUCGCGGUUGUUUCUUGUCGAGGUGAGACUCAGUGUGGUGGGAAUGUGCAUAACGUAAGCAGUACGCGUGAUGCUGAGUUCGACUUCCUCACGGAGAACCUCGUUAGUGGAUGUUUAAUUUGUGCUUAUUCACUUUGAUUUUCAUUUAAACGCUUUCUUUAUCACAUUGUGUCCUAAAUGUGAUAUCUCGAUGUAAAUUCUGUAAAAACGGAUUUUUUAGUACUUUCUUCCCCUUUUCGCAUACAUUCUAAUUGAAACUCGCCCCAGUCCUCUCUCAAAAAUCAAGGAAAAUGCAUUUGGUGCGCACUUUCUGCAGCUCUACCGCAAAAACGAGUACGGUGACCCCCAUUUUUUAUUUCAUGAUUUUAAUAAGGACAGUGCUUCCUUUCGGUGAGAAAAAAAUUGGCACAAAUCUAUGUUCAGUUUUUUGGCAAGUUUACUAAAUUGUACGGAUUGAGCUAUCACGUGUCGAAUAGCGCGUGUCCAAUUUAAUUCUACUUUGGAGCGUAAAGUAAAAACAAGGGCAUUAAAAGGCAUUUUUGUAGUACGUAAGUGGAUAAACAAUACAUUAAAGUCAAAUUCUGUGCGAUACCAUAUGCAUCAUUGAAAAAAUCUUUCCUUUUUGUCUAGUUUUGGGCUGCGCGCGGUUUAUGUCAAAGGGUCCAAAAUAGCCGUAUUUGUCGGCAUUGUGACGUCAAAACGAGCACGGUGACCCCCACUUUUUAUUACCUUUUUAUCAUCUUCUUGACUUAUUGCAUCAGUGUACCAAGUUUCAUCUAAAAUCUAUGUUAGGUUCUUUUACUAGGGAAUCACCUUAACUCGACUUCUGGUGCUUUAUUCCUGCCCUCUCAUUGGUCAAGCUAGUUUUUAGAUCUGCGCGCACUGUUACUGCGGUCUCAGUUUCUUUGCUAAAUCUGCCUAUUGUCAGUAAUCGGCUCCUGCAAUUGUCCAAAAUAGACAGCGAUCUCAAGAGAAAGCGCUGUGAUACAGAGGAAAGAUUUGCGAUCUAUACUUCCAGUGGGGGUUUACUUUUUCAUUUUGGCCAUGGGACCGACGAGUAAAUUUUGACCAGUCCUUCUUUGUCCUCAAGUAGUUACAAAACACGCGAACUGUAGGGGAAAAAAGAUGAGAUUUCAUUGCCUAUCUCUUUUUUUAACAGAGACCACUCUCCGGCCAUCCAAACCACCAGUGAUUACCUACAGUGCCAGAAAAAUAGCGAGGUCAACAGUGUCAGUCACGCCAAAGUGUGAACCACUGACACUCACAGCUUGUAACGAACUGGGCUACAAUCUCACACAAGUUCCAAACGCCCUGCAGCAUAAGACAUCUAGCGACGCAUCGAUGAAAUUGUUAGUUCUUCUAUCAAAUUUACGGCCUAACUGUUCUCCUCAUCUUAUUCCAUUUUUGUGUCAGUUGUAUCUCCCCCCAUGCGCUCUUCCUCAGCAAGCUGCCCCACCCUGUCAGUCACUGUGUCAGAGUGUCCAAGAAGACUGCGCAAGUGGUGUAAACCGCUGGCCGGCUCAUCUGAGCUGCAAGAGAUUCCCACGAGCCAAUAAUGAGACGAAAUGCUUCCUGGGAUCGACUAAGGUAACUUCAAGGCGAACUACACUGUUGAGAGGAGAGAAUUUCUCAGAAGAGGAUCUAACGGAGACAAAUACAAUGAAAAAGACAGACAAUAAAUCAAAGAAAUAUUCCCCAAGGAAAGACGUGAAAACAACCGAAACAAUUUUUAAGCCAACAACCGCAAACCCAAAAAGCAGUCGGCUUAAAACAAACGACCGUGAGAGCACAUCUACAACCAAAAUGAAUUUAAUCACAUCUGGUGAAGUAAAGGCAUCCAUGAAGCCACUUACAACCAAACCUAUUACAAGGUUGAUCACGAAGACGAUAACUACCGGCAAGUAUACAAAAAUAAGCAAAGAGAAAUCACUUACAGAGAGAAACAAAAAGGAAUCUUCAACAACAAAACCAACGACCACAAAAACAACAGGAAAACUCACCACUAUAAUAAAAAAUUUAACAGUUACUCAGAAUUACACGAAAAUACGCCUGAGAAACCCAACGAGGAUCUUUAAUAGGACCAGACCCACCAGACCCAGUGUGAACACAAACGGAAGCCAAAGCCAGUUCAAUUCUUCGGUUUCUCCACUGCUUACUGUGACACCGACAACUAAUAAUGUCGAAGGUUUGUAUUAGCGGAGAAUAAUUAAUGUAAAAUGAAAUUUAAGAGCAGAGAAAGAAGACUUUUCUUGAGAAUGGAAUCCCAUUGUGAAGCAAAUGUUUUCCUGCCCUUUUGGUUAGUAACACACACGCGUUUCAUUUCUCGCAGUGACAAAAGUUCUUUAAAGUUUUUGUUUCAAACAGAACUUGUUGUUCGUCAAACUAACAGACCAUGGAAAAGGAAUGCAUGAAGUAUUUAGACGGUAAGAACAGGAUGAAAGUUCCCAAAAAGUCUUCCAAGCAAGAAAAUGAUAAUUGUUACUUCGAACUUUACUUCUUAAAAGAUUUUUCAGACGCGGUCAUUGUCUUUCUUUGUACCAACCACUCAAAGAUGUUUAUUUAAUGGAAAGGUACAACGGAAAAGAACGGAGGCAAAUGUAUGAUAUAAAUCUUUCUUUGAAUCAUCUUUUCAUAACUGACUUUUUUCUUCGCUCUUUAAAUUUCGUGCUUCCACGAAGAAAUAAAGAACUCCUGAUCAUAGGUUACACUGAACCGUCCGUUGGCCAUUUUUACACUCGGGUCAAUAAGGCUAAAAAAAAAUUUAAUAGUUAAAGCCAUUCCCUGUUUUGUUUUAUUUCAGGUGGCUGUGGAGGUGUAUUGGCAACAGCUAAAGGAAAGCUUAUGUCACCAGGUUACCCAGUUGGGUAUCCUUCAAACACAACAUGCAGAUGGACAAUAGCUUUACCAAACAACUAUCAUGUGAUCAGAUUUACAAUCCACAGAGUUUACCUUGAGGAGGAUCGGAACUGCGUGUAAGUUGCUCAGUUAUGAACACAACUAUGGUCAGAGAAUUUCUGUCAAACUUUUAGUAUUAUAAUUAGACCACUGAAGUUUAAGGACUCCUUUAUCAAAGUCUGAGCAAACAGUUCUUCUUCUUUUUUUUUUUUUCAGAUAUGAUUACAUUGCAGUGUACGAUUUAUUGGACAACCAAGUUGGUCAGCGUUACUGCGGCUCAAUCAUGUCGCCUGUGUACAAAGAAGUCAAAGGCAAUGUGGCAGCGGUGGUUUUCCAUUCAGACUCUACCAACAGUAAAAAGGGUUUUGUUCUUUCCUACGAAGCUCACACAUGUCUCACGUCAGCUAAAGUGGAAGAGUGACGGAUGAUUUGGUCAACGGCGAGCGAUAUUCAAAGUAAACUUUGCUAUCUCAGUACCAUUACAACACUUAUUCAGUUAUGGAAAUGUCCAGCCGGGAAACUUAACCCUCGGACAAACAGGCCUUUUAUCAUUACAGAACCAUUACACGCAGUAGGGAAGAUAUUUUCUUGAAUUUGUUUUUCCUACAACUUGGUUAAACAGCAAUAAUUUUAGUUGAGAAAAAUUAAAGAUCACAUUAUUAUAUUAAGUAAAUUAAAUCGAUUUAACGAAAUUUCUUGAAAGGAAUAUGAAAUUGCGUUGCUUCGUUACGAAGAAAGAUGCAUCAAUUGUUUGCAAAAUACCAUGAAAUACCGCGAUAGAAUAGAUUUCUAGAUAGUCAUGAACUUGGUCGAACAAAGCGAGAACGUUGCAAACCAGAUUCGAUGACAAGUCCGUGAGAAAGAACGGACAACAAAGGGCUAGAGCAAGGUAACAAGUUCCUUGAUCACUUUAUUACCUUACUAUUUAGUAACUCUUCAUGUCCCAAGAGUGACCAAAAUCUAUCAUCUCCGAACAAUAUCAAUACAGGAUCAAAAGAAAAACUAAUGAGAUUUUAUAAAAUGAUCCCCUACAGGUUAUUGCUUUGAUCUUUUAACAAAAUCUCCCAACAACUAAUUCUCUAACAAAAUGUAGAGAGAAGGGUUCCUGAUAGAACAGACAAAGAGAAACUCCCAUUAAUGUCAGUUUUGUUAGGUGGGAACUGUUAAGCAUCAUUUCAACCGAAAA